AGAAAAAACAAAAAAUGUGACUCGACACAUUUGCGCAUGUCCGAAACGCAGGCCACGUAGAGGCUCCACGUAAAGCACAAUCGGAUCGUAUGUAAAUACCAACGUAUGUGUGUCUCCUCCCAUCUGUUCACUGCGAACCUGCGCAGUUACCAAAAAUUUAUGACUUUUUCCUUCCCCUUUUGAACGACACGAAAGGAUGCAACUUGCCAAUUCGCUCAACUGUUUGUGGUUAAGGAGGCACCCUCAUGUUACGUGAAAGAAAAAGGAGUUUCCCUCCCUCGACUUAGUCUUUUUCCUCCACCCCCUCAUCAUUACGUCCUCUCCAAAUAGGGCCCUAAACCAUGGAGGAGUAUUCCACCAGUGCCGAUUCGCAGCUGGCGGGGGUCCACUUGAAUAGGAAGCUGCCAAACGAAACGCUGUACCGCCUCCAACAGCACGUCGUGCCGGAGCUCUCCCCCAAGGACUACAAAGGAUGCGGAGGAAAAAUAUGCGUCGUGGGUGGUAGCGAAGUGUACAGUGGUGCCCCCUUCCUAUCAGCCAUGAGCGCCUUAAAACUCGGAGCUGAUUUAUCCUUCGUCAUAACAGCCCCGGAAAAUGGGAUCCCCCUCAAGUGCUACAGCCCAGAGCUAAUUGUCUACCCAUAUCUGUACAGCCAAAAGUCAAAAAUAAGCAAAAUCCCCGGGGACGAAUUACAAAAAUGCGUAGACUAUUUGUCCAAUCGAAUUGACUGUUGUGUUCUUGGGCCAGGUCUUGGCUCCAUCGAUGAGGUGACCAAAGAUUGCCUCAUCUGUAUAAUUAAAAAAAUGGUAAAAAAAAACGUCUUCCUAAUUCUCGACGCAGAUAUGAUUGAAUUUGCCUUAACCAAUAAAGAGGUACUUUGCUUAAUACAAAAUUAUGAGCACUGCCUUUUUACGCCAAAUAAAAAUGAGUUUAGGAAAAUGAUUUUUCUCCUCUCGGAGGAUGACCCAAAUUUGACGCUUGAGCAUCUGACCACGGACAGAGUUGUUCAUCACGGUCAUAAGUUGAUGGGCAUCCUUGAUGGUCCAAAGAUACUGAUUAAGGGUCUCCACGACGUGUUUAUUUCCAGGGAUUUUUUUUUCGUCUCCUCCGUUGAGGACCCCUGUUUGAAGAGGCCGGCGGGGCUGGGCGACGUGCUGACCGGACUGCUGGCCGUUUUCCGCGCCUGGGCGGGGAAGAAGAAGGGCAAGUUUUCCCCAACGCUGAAGGAGGCCCUCCACGUGGACUCCACCGACGGACAGAACGAAUGCCUGGACGCGCUCUCCGCCUUUUGCGGCAGCUUCUUCCUAAAAUAUUUGUGCAGAGAGGAAUUUAAAAAGUGCCACCGGGGGCUCCUCGCCUCGGACGUCAUAAAGGGAAUUCCCCACCACUUCCACUUCCUCUACGAUGGGGGGGGGGACCGCCAGCCUCGCUUUCCUGGCUAGCGUGCGGGAGCGACUCUACAUGUGGGCACACCUUCCAACAUAUGGGCACACGUCCACUCGUCCAAAUGCACCUCUGCACGUACCGCGCAUGCAUCGCUUCACUUAGCGAUAAACCCCUCCUUCCAUAAAACAAAAAUGGCGUAAUGGCGUAAUGGCGUAGUGACGCACCGGGUGCGAAGGAACAGUCGGAAUGCUCCCCUCUGCGCACCGCCUUUUUUAAAAACCGCGCAUGCGAAGGCGAGUCGUUUUCGCGAAAUGGACACACACACUGGGGGAUUGAGGAGGGCCGCCGCGAGGCGACCACCAAGUUGACAUGUUGCAAACAAAAAAGGAAAUUCAAAAUGGGCAAAAGGGCGCAACGUGGCGAAGCGGCAAACCGCAACGUGGCAAAAUCGAAGCGUAGCAAAACGGCGCUGCGAAUCACGGCCGCAAAACGAAAAAAAAAAAAUGAGUCACAGCGGAGGGGCGCCAAAACGCAGAGAUGCGCAGCGCGACGGAACGGCAAACGGAAGGAAUAACAAAAGGGAACACACCGCGGAGUGGACCAAAAGUCUCUUCUCGCAAAAGAAGAAGCAACAACUGGUUGCGAAGCGGAACGGGAGCAGCAGGGGGGAGGGCAAAAUGGGGGCGUCUCACGGGGGUGCUUAAGCGGUACCCAUUAUAAGCCAGUUGGCGCUUCUGAACAGAAUUGCGCGCGGUAUGGCGACCGUAUUGCACAAAGCUUUGAAGACUAUCACUCAUGGCUACCCCUAACUAACCACCCU